AUGGAAGUACAAUUAUCAAAUAUAUUAAAAUCAGCAAAAUUAUCAGAAAAAGGUGGAUUUGAAAAAAAAAAGAAAACUAGAGAUGAAUAUAGAAAAGGAUGGGAAAUUAUAAAUAAAAUAUAUAAUAGUGUUGGUAGUGACUAUAAUAAUAAAAACAAUAAUAAUAAUGAUAAUGAUAUCAAAGAGAGUACAUUAUAUGAUAUUUUAGGUAUUUUAAUUGGUGUAUUUAAUACCAAUAUGCUAUUUGGUAUUGACAUAUUAAAUGAAAAUGAUAUAAUCAUAAGGAUUGAACAUUUUCAAUCGAAACUUAAAACAUUUCAACCACCAACAAAGAAAUUUUAUAAAAUAUCAUUUGAUUGUUUUCAUGACAUUGGUGUAUUUUAUUGUAAUAAAUUAAAUAAAUUAGAUAAUGAAGAUUCUUCAACAAAUAAUAAAAAUAAAAUUUAUAAUAAAAACAAUAAUCCAUAUACAAUAAUAAGGAAAGCAAUAAAGUAUUUAAAAGUUUUAGCAUAUCAAUAUUCAGUUGAACUUUUAGAAAUUGAUAAUCAAUCAUCUGAAAACAUUAAAGAUUUUAUAAAGAAUAUUGAACUUUUAUCAAAUGAAAUUUAUUGUAGUAUUCAUUUAGAACAAUAUAAAAAAGCUUUAUCAUUUUAUAAAAAGAUUGAAGAAAAAUGUAAAAAAGAUAUGGAAGGAAAUCAAUAUUAUAAUUUAGGAUUAUUAUGUUUAAAAUGUCAUGAUGCAGUUGGAGCAAGUUAUUAUUUAAAUGAAAGAAUUAAUAGAUCAUCAUCAACAACUAAAAUGGAUAAAGAUAAAUUUGAUUGUUAUCAAUUAUUACUUGAAUGCUAUUAUAGUGAUGAAAGAAAUAAAGAAUUUAAAGAAACAAUUAAACAACUUGAAAAAGAAUCUGAAAAGUGUCCACAUUUAAUAAAGAGAUCAUAUUUAGAUUUUCAAAUGAAUCGUUUAAAAAAUUCAAUUAAAAUUAAUAAAAAUAGAAUUGAAUCUGAAAAAUUAUUAAAUUCAAUUUUAAAUUCAAAUAAUAAUAAUAAAGAUAAAAAUAAAAAUGAAGAUGAUAAUAAUAAUAAUAAUAAUAAUAAUAGAGAUAUAACUCUAUAUCAUGAAAAUUUAAUUUUAAUAUAUGAAACGAUUUUAGAUCAAUUAGAUAAAGAGAAACCAGAUGAUUAUGAAAAUAGAUAUUUUUAUUUCAUUGAAAAGAAAUUAAAAUAUUGGGUAGAAUAUGAAAAAUCAUUAAUUUAUUUAAAAAAAUAUGAUAAAUUAUUUUUAGUUUUAGAAGAUCAUUCAAAUUAUUUAGAUUGUUUAAAAAUAAAAAAAUAUUUUAAUAUCUCAAUUGGUUUAAGUAGAUCUAUAAUAGAAUUUAGUAAUAAAAUAAAUGAAAACAGUAAUAAUAAUAAUAAUAAUCUACAAUUACAACAACAACAACAACAACAAAUAAUACAAAUAAUAGCAUUAGCAAAAAUAAAUUAUUCAAAUGCAUUGAAAAGGUUAGAACCAUUUGGUGAUAGUAGAAAGGAAAAAAGAAUUAGUUUAUUAAAUGAUGCAAUUAAAAUUUUAGAGAAUGAUCAAUUUGAAAAAGAAAAAGAGGGAGGAGAAGAUCAAGAAGAAGAAUAUCAAAUAUUAAUUUCAAUUUUUGAAAGGAAAUUAAUGGCAAUUUCAAAUUUAUUAUUAGUUUAUUUAGAAUUUGAUGAUUUUUCAAAAUUUUAUAAAGAAACUUUAAUAAAAGAAUCAAAAGUAAAUGAAAGAAUUAAAAAAUUAAAACAAGAACAAGAAAAUUAUCAAUCAUCAUCACCAUCAUUAUCAUUAUCAUUAUCAUCAUCAUCACAAUCAUUAUCAUUAUCACAAUCACAAAAAUACUCUCUAUCAAAACAAUUUCAAAAGAAUAUUAAAAACUCUUAUGAUUGUGAUACUGAUUAUAUUAACUAUAUUGAUGAUGGUGGUGAUGAUAGAGAUAAUACAGAAUCUUCAAAAUUUAAAAUUUCACCAAAAAAGAAAGAUGGAACUAAGGAUUUAUCUUUUGAGAAUUUAUCAUUUGAAGAUAAUCUAAAUAAUAGUGCUGAUUAUUUAAAAACUGGUAAUAAUUCACCAAUGUCAAUUGAUAAAUCAUCUCCAAUAAUACUAGAAAAUAAUAAAAAUAAUAUUGAUAAUGGUAAUAGUAAUGGUAAUGGUAAUGGUAAUAGUAAUGGUAACAGUAAUGGUAAGAGUAAUGGUAAUAGUAAUGGUAAUAGUAAUAGUAAUGGUAAUGGUAAAAGUAGAAAAGAAAUAUUAGAAGAAUUAAGGAAUAAAAAAGAAGAAAGAGAGAAACUUGAAAAUGAAAUACUAGAUACAGAAUAUUUAUUACAAAUUCAAAGGAAUGAAAAUAAUAAAAGGGAAAUGAAUUUUAAUUUUGAAGAAGGAGGAUUAUUAUCAUCAUCAUCAUCAUCUAAAAAGACAAGAUCACAUUUUCAAGUUGGUUCAAGUUAUAUAGUAGGUGCUGAUGGUUUAGAAUAUUCAAAAAUCACAGGUAAACCAGUUGAUUUACCUUCCUAUAAAGAUGAUUUCAUAAUUUAUCCUUCAUCAGGUCCAUUAUUAGAACAAUUACAAAAGGAACAACAAGAAGAAGAACAAAAAAGAAAAUAUAAAAGUUAUGAAAAUACUGGAAGUAUUAAAGAUCCAAUUAUUGUUGAUAGUGGUAAUAAUAAUAAUAAUAAUAAUAAUAAUACGAUUUUAAAAAAUAAUAAUAGUAGUAGUAGUAGUAAUAUCAAUGGUAAUAGUAAUAGUAGAAUUUCAACACCUUCAAAACUUUCAACACCAACUAAAAGAAGAUUUAAUACAUCAUCACCAUCACCAUUAUCACCUACGAAAUCACCAAAUAAUAAUAAUAGUAGUAGUACUAAUAAUUAUUCAAUUGAAGAUGAUUUCGAUCAAAAUGAAAUUGAAUAUCAUUCACCAAGUCAUUAUGAUAGUAAUGGCGAAUUAUUACCAUGUUGGACUAAUGACUUUAUUGUUCCAAAUGAUGUACCAAUUAAAAAAAAUAAAGAUUGGAAAAAGAAUUUAAAUAAGGUAUUUGAUGAUACCAACAAUACCAUCAAUAACAACAAUGAUAAUAAUAAUUUAAUAUCACCAAUUAAAAAAUCAAAUACAACGACAACAACAGCAAUAACAAUAACUACAAUUUUAAAUAAAUAUAAAUUUAUUAAAGUUAAAAUAUUUUUAGAUAUUAUAUUAUUUAUACCAAUUAUUGGAUUAGAAUCAAAUGAAUAUGAUUUAAAUUGGUUAAGAGAAAGAUGUAAUGAUAGAAUUAAAUUAUUAGGAUAUAAUAGAUUUGAAAAAAUUAUUCAAGUUGAUAAAUUCUAUGUUGGUAAUGAAAAAGAAGUACCAUUGAAAUAUAAAUUAAUAGAUUUAAUUGAAAAGAAAAAUAUUAAACAAUUGAAAUGUUCAUUCAUUGAUGAUUCACAUGACCAACUUGAAGAUUCUGAUCUAAUCGAUUCAAUUUCAAUCUCUGAUGAUUCAUUAUUAAUUAAUGGUUAUAGUUGUGAUUAUUUAGUAAAUGAUACUACUGCUACCACUACCAAUAAUCAAAUUUUUAAAGAAUCAACAUUAUUGGAAAUUACAUUAUCUUUUCAUUUGGAAUCAUUUAGAAAUAGAGCUACAAUUAAAUCGAUUUCAUUCACUAAUAAUAGAUUAUCAAUUCAAUCAAUUGAUCAAAUGAUUUCAAUAUUUCUAUCGUUAUAUAAUGUUGAAGAAUUAUCUUUAAUUAAUUGUGCAUUGAAUAGAGAAACUAUUAGCAAGCUAACAUUGGCAAUUAAAUCAUUAAAUUAUCAACCAAAGUAUAUUAAAAAUGUAAAUCUUUCAUUUAAUAGAUUUUCAAAAUUAGAUUCAAAUAUCUUUUUAAAUUGGUUAACUUUUUCACCAUUAACAACUUUAAAUUUAAGUUAUUGUAAUUUAACUUUUCAAUCAUUUAAAAUCAUUUUUGAAUCAUUAUUAUUAUUAUCUUCUUCUUCAACAAAUUUAAUAGUAUUAAAAUUAUCUGGUAAUGAAGAAAUUGGUGAUAGUGGUUUUCAAUUAUUAUCAUCAUCAACUUGUAAUAUACUUUCAAAUUUACAUGAAUUUGAAAUUAGAUCUUGUGGUUUAGAUAAAUUAUCAAAUCAAACAUUAACUAAUUUAUUUAAAAAAUGUAGUUUAAUUCCAACUUUAGAUAUUGGUUCAAAUUCAAUUAAAUCAACAACAACAACAACAACAACAAGCAAUAAUAAUAAUAAUAAUAAUAAUAAUAAUAAUAAUAAGAUGAAUGUAAUAACAUCAGCAAUGACACCAGUAUCAUUAUCAAUUUUAGAUAAUAGUGAAUUUAAUAAAAUUAGUAAAUUGGUUAUUGAUGAUAUGGAAUUAUCAACAAUGGAUGAUAUCACAAGUGUUGGUAAAUUAAUUGAAAAUUCAAAUAGAUUAUUGGUAUUACAAUUACAAAAUAAUAAUAUUGGUAUUAAAGGUUCAAAAAUACUCAUUAAACAUUUACCACUUUGUAAAUCUUUAAAAAAAGUUUCAUUUAGAAAUUGUAAUCUUUCAAUAAUCGCUAUUUUCACUUUACUUUAUAAUUUAUUAAAUAAUCAUGAUAAUAAUAAAAUCAAUAUUGAUUUAUCAUUUAAUAAUAAUAAUGAUAAUAAUAAUGAUAAUGGAAAUAAUAAUGAAAAUAAUGGAUAUGGAAAUAUUAAUGAUGAAGAAGGUAAUAAUAAUGAAGAAAUAAUAUCAAAAAGAAAUAGUGAUAAUGAAAUUGAUUCAAAUUUAAAAAUUUCAAUUAAAACAUUUGAAUCAAAAUUAAAUUUAUUAACUGAAUAUGUAGAUUUAAGUAAUAAUCAUUUCAACAUUGAUUAUAUUAAAAAUAGUGAUGAUAAACUUUAUUACUUGAUUAAUCCUUUUAUUUCAAAAUGGAAUUUCCUAAAAUUACCACCCCAUCAAUCUUUCAUAUUUAGUAAUAUUCAAUAA